AGCUGAUCAUGAUGCAUGACAUCUGACAAUCAACUGGCUAUGACCUUCGCAACCAUACUUAUAUAUCUUACUUGGAGCAGAUGCUAUUACGGAGCGCAAGUGCCUUGGGGCCGCGCUUACCGAGGUUGCGUUCUUCCAGACACGAAAACGAACUCCAGUCGAUCUCUUCACUUUGCUUCCAAUCUCUAUGUACUGUACUACAUAAGGAUGUCACCCCCCGAGAGAAUACCACGCAACCCUCCAGCGCCAUGUGUCUCAUUCUCUCUUCCGAGGGCGUGUGAAACACGAUUAUGACCAACGAGAAUGGUCAAGUCCUGUACAAAACCUCUACACCUUUCUGCUUCGGAACCCGUAUGACCACGCUCUACAAAGUUGUCCCAAAUUCCGAUCCAGAUGAUAUGUGGGACCAUUUGGAGGUCAUAGGGGAGAUCGAAUGGCGUUUUUCAGGUCCAUCCGUAAUGCGACUCCAUGGGCAGGAAAUGAUGACAGAUACAUUCAUCCCUCGGCAUGGAAUCAGAGGAAGAAAGUGCAUGUUCAUGGGACCAGAUGAUCUCCCCUACAGAUGGGACAUGGGUUUCAGGAUCGUCAGAUUAUCAUGCAAUGAUACUACUUGCCAAGAACUUGCGUGGUCACACAGACAAGGCCUCAGUAUCAUUGGGCCCAAGAGGGGACCUUCCCUUGAUGUUGAUCCCAGUCUCAUGCAUAUGCUUGACAUGGUCAUACUCACUUUUAUCUUUGUAUAAAAAUUGUGGAAGGAUGACCAGUGCUCCAAAAAGUAAAAUAACUAAAUAUCAGCAUCACAGAUACUGAAGUCAUGGAUACAUCUUCUCAGUGUCACUGCAAAUUGUGUAUGCGAAUUUCAAUGUCAGUGGAUGAAAAUAGUGCUAUAGCAUUACAUAGCAUGUGAGGGA